AUGGCAUCUUCUGCUGGCGGUUCCGAGCUCUUCUCCAGCUAUGAGCAAGACUUUACAUCCAUCACAGACUCCAUCAAACAAAAGAUAGAGCACCAAAUCCCAAACCAAAAAGGAGAGGAAAGGAAGGCUGUUAUCCGUGCAGUUGAAAGAGAGAUUGAUGAAGCUGAUGAGAUUCUUGGCCAAAUGGAAAUGGAAAUUUUGAAUAUUCCUACGCCAUCACGCACUCGUCUACAAGCCAAAUUGAGGCUUUACAAGUCCGAGGCAGAGAAGCUCAAGAGAGAUUUGAGAAGAACCACAGCCAUUGUGCCCAAGAACUCAGAUCGAGAUGAACUGCUUGGCGGGUUUGGCUCGGGAGAGAAUGACGAUGGAAACGACUUUGAUGCAUCCACCAUGGAUCAACGUCAACGUUUAUUAAGCGGCACUGAAAGAUUAGGUCAAUCCAGUCGUCGUUUGGAAGAUAGCCAUCGUUUAGCUUUGGAAACUGAAGGCAUUGGCAUUAACAUUUUGAGCACAUUGAAAGGACAACGUGAGACUAUGGUCCGGGCAAGGGAUACUCUUGCAGAAGCCGAUUCGCACAUUGACAAGGCAUCCAAGACGCUCAAAGGCAUGGCACGUCGUAUGGCCACCAACAAACUUAUUACUGCUGCUAUCAUUUUAAUCUUGAUUGUUUUAAUCGUGUUGGUUAUCUGGAGCAAACUAUUCUAA